GUCACAGGGCUGAAAACGCGGCGUCCUUAGUCACGUGUCUUUUUCAUUGUUAUUAGUCACGUGUAAGAGCAGAAAACUCAGCUUGUAGUAAACAAACUGCUCUCCGUGCACAGGUCACUUUCUCUGAAAGGAGCGGGGGCCAGAAACCAACCAUCUGCCGUCAAAGACGACGACGAAGAAGAACCACCGAAGAAGAAGAAGAAGAGGAGGACGGGCUGAGCGCAGCUGAAGAUCAGAUGGAAGGUGACAUCUCAGUGACCUCAGCAAACAGGAAGCCGUCUGCGCUCACAGGAAGUGCAAGAAAGAUCAAAGACAAUGCUGCCGACUGGCACAACCUGAUGCUGCGGUGGGACAAGCUGAACGAGGAUGGCUUCACGGCAGCGGCGAGCAUCGUCAACAUGAGACGCACUCAGAGCGAUCAGCUGCUGCUCAACGACUCUUCAUCCCCUCAAUCCUCUUCCUCACCGCAGCAGGUGGGCGGAGCCACGGAGCUGCAGGACAAAUGUCUCGUACUGCAGGAAGUCGUCGACAAAAUGGCUGUCGUGGUGAUGAAGAUGGAACGUCUGAUGACAACACAGCGAGGCAUCGAGGAUCUGGAGGCAUUACAAUUUGGACCCAAAGGAAGAAAAGUUCCUCUGUUUCACAGCUGGAGCACCAAAGAGUUCGGAGAAGCUUCUCAGGUCCUGCUGGAUGCCUUCCGUCAGGAGCUCCUAUUGAAGCAGACUAUCCUGCAGGAAGUGGCACACACGGCAACCUCUGACCUCUGCAUGGUCUUCCUCUCCUGUUGGCUCCAUCAGCCCUUUAUUCCCACACAGACCAGACUGAGGCUCGAGGCCCUGCUGCUGGAGACCGGGCACCGGCCACUGUGAGGUCAUCGACCAGACAGAGAGAUGGAGCUCCGCCUGCCUCAGAGGAAGACUUCUCAUAUAUGAAGGACAUGAACAAAUUGAUGCAAAGAGGAACGCCAAAGGAAACUGAUCACCGAAAUUAUUGAUCAGUGAAUCUGUUGAUCAUCCAUUAAACCAGAUCCAGCUGUGACCCUGACCCCACCCUUCUGAAUGACACAGGGAAAUCCCCUGAAUCUUAAAGAUUAAAUGUUUGUGAUUAAGGGCAGUAAAGUGAUCAGUUUGUAACCUGUGUGAUCAGCAGAGGGGAGCUCAUGUGUUACUACUUGUGUGGCUUAUUCUGACAUAAUUUCUGUAAAACGCCUACCUGAGCUCUGAGAAACACUGAACUCACCUGUUUAGGUGUUCAUUUGCUGUGGUGAUGAUGUCACUACAGUUCAUGACGGGUCUGUAAGUGAACUGACUGUAAAUAAAGUCCGAAACAUUUUUGUUGUUUUCUGUGA